AUGAAAGUGAAGUACAAGGUCUGGUUCUCGCGAAAGAUGGAAUUUCUAUUAUUACCAAAGGUGACAGCAAAUCUUCCAAUAGCCAAUGUGGACAUGGCUGGAUGGGAAGUUCCAGCCGGCGUAGAAUUGGCAGAUCCAGCCUUUUUUACAUCUAAGGCUGUCGACCUGGUGUUAGGAAUACAACACUUCUUCACUUUCUUCAAUAACGGAAACGAGGUUAGUCUUGGAGAAGGUUUUCCUACGCUCACGGAGUCGGUGUUCGGAUGGGUGGUAUCCGGAUGUGUAAAUGGGUUGCACAGUAACCACCGCAUAUCCUGCAAUAUGCCAGUCAGCCUAGAGGAGUUACUGACUCGAUUCUGGUCAUGUGAGAAAGUGGAUGCAUCAAAUAAUUAUUCUCCGGAGGAAACACGUUGCGAAGAUCAGAAUAUACAAUCAGUUCGAAGGGACUGUGAUGGGCGAUAUACUGUGUCCCUUCCCAAAGAUAAAGCUGCACUUGAAAGGUUGGGUGAAUCAAGAGAUAUUGCCUUCCGGCGGUUCCAAAGUCUGGAACGUAGACUGCUAAAGGAACCAGAACUGCGUAUUCAAUAUCGAAAGUUUAUGGAAGACUACCUGGAGUUAGGUCACAUGCGCAAGGUGGAAGAGCAGCUGGGAAGCAAUGAAGGGAUUCGUUGUUACUUACCUCAUCAUCCUGUAGUCAAGGAGGAAAGCACCACAACCAAGGUCCGAGUAGUAUUUGAUGCGUCGUGUAAAACGAUAACAGGGACGUCGCUCAACGAUACGCUGCUGGCGGGACCGGUCAUCCAGGAUGAUCUUCGGUCAAAUUGUUCUGCGGAGCAGAACAAUGCAAACCAUGGUGGUUUCGGAUGUUGA